AUGAAAAGUUCUCCUCAUCGUCCUUCCAUUGAACUCUUGUUCAAGAGAGGCCUCGGAAGUGCUGAGAUCGCUCGACGCCUUCAAAUUUCGUCUUCGACGGUUCGAAACGUUGUCGCUGCUAUCAAAAAGCGAGGAGAUGCUUCUGAAGUAAAAAAAAGCGGACGUCCACGUUCUGUCAACACCCGGAAUACUCGUGCAAUCAUCAAGAAACGGAUCAUUCGAAAUGAUGGAUUGAGUCUCAAUAGGAUGGCGUCACAGCUUGGAAUUGCCCGAUCCACUGUCCAAUCGAUUGUCAAGAACGACUUGAAGCUCAAAAGUUACAAACUACGUCGUGGACAGUACCUCUCGGACAAAUCGAAAGCGAUGCGACUCGAAAAAUGCCGAAAAUUACUCCAGCACUUUCAAGUGCGCCGCGUCUCUGACGUUAUCUGGACAGACGAGAAGAUCUUCACUAUUGAACCUCUUCUCAACCGUCAAAACCAGAGACAGUUAUUGUCAAAGGAUGACAGCAUGUCUCCGAAACGUCGUCUUGCCCAUAACCGCCUUUUCCCGAAAAGUGUCAUGGUUUGGGCCGGUAUCACGGCAACCGGUAAAACUCCGUUGGUUUUCAUUGAAAGAAAUGUGAAAAUCAACUCGGAGGUGUACCAAAAGAUUGUGUUGAUGGAUAAUUUGUUACCCUGGGUCACUCAGCACUUUGCUGGUGGUCCAUUUAUCCUUCAACAAGACUGGGCACCGUCCCAUGGCUCGAGAUCGACAUUGGCCGUCUUGGAGGCGCAUUUCCCUGGAUUCCUGGACAAGAACUUGUGGCCUGCUUCCAGCCCGGAUCUCAAUCCGAUGGAUUUCAGCGUUUGGGGCAUGUUGGAAGGGAAGAUCGCGGGAAAAGUUUUUGCUACUGUCGAUGACUUGAAGGCCGCUCUCGAGGUAGCAUGGGCUUCGAUCGACGACGGAUACCUGCGGCGCACUGUCAAUUCGGUGAAGAAACGUUUGAGAGCCUGUGUCAAAGCUCGUGGAUCCAACUUCGAAUUUCUCUUGUAA